CAGCGGCUCCAGAAAGGGCUUAAUGCAGCCUCCUCCUCCGCCGUAGUUUCUGUCUUCAGCCGGUUUUAAAACCGCCGCCGGAUCUUAGGAAACUACAUACUACCGCCCGCAGAGUCCACAAAAAGCAAAUUGGACAUAAAACCAUGGGUUCCCCUGGAUAAAAAGGUACGAGCUUUCCUUCUUGUUUAUUACAAUAGUCUGGUUUCAGAGUUGUUACUGCAAAAAUUUACAUGGGUAUUUCUAGUUUGAUUGUGUUCCCUUGUGGAUUGUUCCUGGUUCUUCUCAUCUUUGGUAGUUUGGCCGGAUCAGAAUCAGAGGUAGUUACAAUUGAUGUUCAUCAAGCUAAGAAUUUAGUUGAUUCAGGUUAUGGGUAUCUUGAUGUCAGAUUCCUGCCCCUUCAGAUGUGGAAGAGAAGCCAAUAAGAGAGUUUUGACCGCUGCAGCUUUAUUUAACAUCAACGAAGGCAACUGUCCAUCCGGAGUAUGAAUAUGGAGAGUAAAUUAUGUAUUAUUGACAUUUGACAGAAAUUAAUUGCCAAUUGGCACGUUAAAUCAUCUAAUUAAUGAACUGUUACUGUAUCAAAAUACAUAUGACCAUAACUUGGCCCCAUCCAUGUGAUUAGAGAAUCAUACCACCUAUGUUUGAUUUCUAACGUGUCAAGGUUCGAGUCUUGGUAAUGUUCUAGUCAUCAUUCCAAUCAAAAUACAUAUGUAUAUGGCAGACCUAAAAGAAUCCCAAAAGAAGCAAAUAUUCUAUGGAUUUAUAUGUUCUUAUGAUGUUUAAAGUUCUCUUGAUAUUAUACAAAUUGUAUAGGCAUCAACCAUGGAGGCGGCAAAAACCCAUCCAAAAAGAAAAGCCAGUGACUCCCUUAGUUGUGAUUGGUGAAGAACAUGGUUACUGGGACCCACGAGAAGCCCAAGUCCCAACAGGCUACUGGUUUGUAACACUGCAUGCAGGCUGAGGCCUCCCAAAUAUUUCGGAUCUCAGUAGAACAGAAUCAGUCAAAAAGAAUGAAUCUUGCCUCCGAUUCUCAACUCUUAGUUUCAUAGAAACAGAAACAAUCUGUGAUUGUGUGGGAAAUGGAGAAGGAAAGCGCCGGGGGUGGAAGAUCCUUGGCUGAGACCCCUACUUGGGCGGUGGCUAGCGUGAUCGGUGUUAUGGUUUGCUUUGGUUACAUUUUUCAUCUCUCUUUGAAAAUGUUUGGGAAGUGGUUGGGCACAACCAAGAGCAAAUCUCUACUAUCUGCAUUGGAGAAGAUCCAUGAUGAGUUAAUGCUUUUUGGGGUCCUCUCAUUGUUGAUGGGUCAUUGGAUUGAAUUUGUGGCUAAAAUUUGUGUCAAGCAAUCUGCAUUGAGCAGCCGGUUUAUGCCUUGCGCAAGCAAGGAUGGAUUGACAGUGAGAAUAGGGGAAGUUUCAACUUCAGAAUACUUGAAUUACACAGUUUCUAGAGAGCAGGAGACCACCUGGGAGAGGAACUACUGUCCUGAGGGUCAGGAAUCUUUUGCUUCAUAUGAAUGCCUUGAGCAACUUCACCGUUUCAUAUUUGUUCUUGGCAUUACUCAUGUUUUUUACAGCUUUGCUGCUAUUGCAUUGGCUCUGGUUAAGAUUUAUAGCUGGAGAGCAUGGGAAAACCAAGCUAAGACAAUGGCUACUCGGAAUGCACAAGAUUCCCAUCAAGCUGGAGCACAUAAUUUGGAAAUGAAACGACUAUCUACCUUCGUUUUUCGCCAUGUGUCACAUCCAUGGAGCCAACACAGAGUUCUUGUUUGGCUACUUUGUUUCAGUCGCCAGUUCUGGAGUUCUAUAAACCGAGCUGACUAUAUGGCUUUGCGCCAUGGCUUUAUUACGACUCAUCAACUUCCAUUGACAUAUGACUUCCAUAAUUAUAUGCUUCGAAGCAUGGAAGAGGAAUUCUGUGAUAUUGUUGGCAUUAGUGUUCCCUUGUGGAUUUAUGGCAUACUUUGCAUUAUUCUUGAUUUCCAUGGAAGCGACCUUUACUUUUGCCUUUCAUUUCUUCCAGCCAUGUUAAUACUGCUAAUUGGCAUGAAACUGCACCGAGUGGUAAUAAUGUUGGCUAGUGAAGUUGUGGAUAAUUCUCCAUGGAUGCAACAGCAUAAAUUCCAUCUGAGGGAUGAACUCUUCUGGUUUAGAAGGCCAAGGCUUGUUUUGAGGUUAAUACAAUUUAUUUCAUUCCAAAAUGCAUAUGAGAUGGCAUCCUUUAUUUGGUCCCUAUGGGAAAUCAAGGAUUCUACUUGCUUCAUGGAAAACAGCAUCUUCAUGAUUAUACGCUUGACAUUUGGGUGAUGUCAUUGUUACAUUAUAUUGUCCUUGAUGAUUGUAACAAAUGUUUAGCCUUUCUGCUUUCGAAUGACAAACUGUGAUACAUAUGCAUAACAUGGCAUCAAUUGCUCAUGUCAUUUUCACCAACUGGUUUGUGCAGGGUCAUAUCCCAGUGCUGGUGUAGCUUCCUGACAUUCCCCCUCUAUGUUAUCAUUGCAGAGGUUUUUCGUUUCUUCAAUUCUUCUUGCUCAGCUCUCCAUCUUUGUCUAUCUGAUACUGGUUUUGUGGUUAUAGAUGGGUUCAAGGUUCAAAAGGUCUGUUGUUUCCGAAAAUGUCAGAACAUCUCUAUCCCAGUGGACAAAAACGGCAAAGGAAAGGCAGAGUUCCUCUAAUGCACUCUCCAGAACAGCCUCCUCUUCCAAUAGCUUCACCACAAGCUACAAAGGAAAAGGCUACCCAACAAACGAUGAUUACGCAUCCUUCCUGCGUCAAGGACCAUCUUCAUCACAUGACUUCAUGAACCAACAAUCACUAGAUGAUAGGAAGUUGGAGGUUCCACUUUGGUUUUAUUUUCAGGAUUACAACUCUAGCAAUGAUUAUCAAGAUAGUCAAUAAACAUUGGCAUCGAUGUCAUUCCACUUUCUCAACUUCUCUUUCUUUCUUUUUGUAAAAGCUAGAAGAAAAUCUUAUUACGUGUCAUUACUCAUUAGCUUGCAGACUUGUAUAACACUAUUUUUCACACAUAUGAAUAUAGUUUUUCAUAUUCG